AUGGCCGCCAGCGUGCGGGAAGGUGCGGCGGCGGCGGCGGCCGCGGGGCACGCGGUGGACGAUUACGACGUCUCGGACGGCGAGAUGGACGUCGACGUCGACGUCGAGGCCGGCAGCGAGCUCCAGCACGCCGGCGGAGCCGGCGACGACGGCCGGAGGGACGGCGACGGCGACGACGAGUACGCGCUGCUCACCAGGAUAACUGACACAUCAGCAGCUGAAGCAAGGGCAGGAAAGGAUAUACAAGGUAUACCAUGGGAGAGGUUACAAAUCACCAGGCAGGAUUACAGAAAAGCUAGGUUGGAACAGUACAAGAACUAUGAGAACUUCCCUCAGUCCGGAGAGCUCAUGGAUAAGUUGUGCAAGCAAGUGGAGAGCAGCAGCAAGUACUAUGAAUUUCAAUACAACACUCGGAUAGUGAAACCCUCAAUUCUCCAUUUUCAGCUUCGGAAUUUGUUAUGGGCAACUUCAAAGCAUGAUGUUUAUUUCAUGUCGAAUUCCACAGUAGGCCACUGGUCGUCAUUGUCUCACAAAAUGACAGAUGUUCUUGAUUUCUCGGGGCAUGUUGCUCCAGCAAAGAAACACCCUGGCUGUGCACUAGAAGGGUUUACUGGCGUUCAAGUUAGCACACUUGCAGUAAAUGAGGGUUUAUUGGUCGCUGGUGGUUUUCAAGGAGAACUAGUUUGCAAGAGUCUAGGAGAACGUGAUGUUAAGUUCUGCACAAGGACUACUUUGAGCGACAAUGCGAUCACAAAUGCUAUGGAUAUACACAGAUCUACAAGUGGAAGCUUGCGCAUUACGGUAUCGAAUAAUGAUUCUGGUGUUCGUGAAUUUGAUAUGGAAAGAUUUCAGCUCUUGAAUCACUUCCGUUUUAACUGGCCAGUGAAUCACACAUCUGUGAGCCCGGACAAGAAACUUUUGGCAGUAGUUGGAGAUGACCGGGAUGCUCUUCUUGUUGAUUCACGAAAUGGCAAGGUAACUUCUACCCUAGUUGGCCAUCUGGACUACUCGUUUGCCUCGGCGUGGCACCCAGAUGGUAUCACCUUCGCAACCGGAAACCAGGACAAGACCUGCCGGGUGUGGGACAUCCGGAACCCGUCGACCUCCCUUGCAGUCCUGAGGGGCAACAUCGGCGCAAUCCGGUGCAUCCGCUACUCCUCGGACGGGCGGUUCCUGCUCUUCUCGGAGCCCGCCGACUUUGUGCAUGUCUACAGCGCCGCCGAGUGCUACCGGAAGCGGCAGGAGAUCGACUUCUUCGGUGAGAUCUCAGGGAUCUCGCUCAGCCCGGACGACGAGUCCCUGUUCGUGGGGGUGUGCGACCGCGUCUACGCCAGCCUGCUGAAUUACAGGAUGGUACACGCCAACGGGUACCUGGACUCGUACAUGUAG